AUGUCGACUAGACCUAUCGUUACUACCCCAGGUAGAUUCCUAUUUACCUCGGAAAGCGUUAAUGAAGGACAUCCAGACAAAUUAUGUGAUCAAGUUUCUGACGCAAUUCUUGACGCUUGUUUAAGAGAAGAUCCAAAUAGUAAAGUAGCAUGCGAGACCUGCACAAAAACAGGAAUGGUGAUGAUCUUUGGAGAAAUUACAACCAAUGCAAGUGUUGAUUAUGAGAAAAUUAUCCGAGAGACUUGCAGGGAUAUAGGUUAUGAUGAUGAAUCUAAAGGAUUAGAUUAUAAGACAAUGAAGGUUGUUGUUGCUAUAGAAGAUCAAAGCCCCGAGAUAGCGCAUGCAGUGCAUAUUAAUAAAAAUAUUGAAGAAAUUGGAGCAGGAGACCAGGGUCAUAUGUUUGGUUAUGCAUGUGACGAGACACCUGAAUUGAUGCCAUUAAGUCAUUCAUUAGCAACAAGUUUAGGUAAAAGAUUAACAGAUGUAAGAAAGACAGGUCUUCUUCCUUAUAUUAGACCAGAUGGUAAAACACAAGUAACAGUAGAGUAUGACAAUAGUAGUGGUGUACCUAUACCUAUACGUGUACAUACAAUAGUAAUAUCUACACAACAUUCACCAGAGGUAGAUAACAAUAAAUUAAGAGAAGAUAUAAUAAAUAAGGUAAUAAAGCCAGUAGUACCUAGUAAUUAUUUAGAUAAAGAUACAAUAUAUCUAUUAAAUCCAUCAGGUAGAUUUGUUAUAGGGGGCCCCCAUGGGGAUGCAGGACUAACAGGAAGAAAAAUAAUUAUUGAUACUUAUGGAGGUUGGGGGGCCCAUGGAGGAGGAGCAUUUAGUGGUAAAGAUAGUACUAAAGUAGAUAGAUCUGCUGCAUAUGCAGCUAGAUGGGCAGCUAAAUCUCUUGUUGCUAAUCAUUUCUGUAAAAGAUGUCUUGUACAAGUAUCUUAUUCAAUAGGAGUAGCAACACCUUUAUCGUUAUAUGUAGAUUCUUAUGGUACAGCAGCAGAAGGAUAUACAGAUGAUUGUCUUCUUAAGAUUGUUGCUGAUAACUUCGAUUUUAGGCCAGGUGUUAUACAAAGAGAUCUAAGGCUUAAGGUAAACCCUAAACCCUAA